ACCCCUUCCCUCUCAAUAAAUGCUAUUGCACCCUCUCUCUAGCUCUGCAAUUACUCCUCCCUGCCAUAUCUUCUCCACCUUUUCCCUUUCUCCUUCCUCUCUCCCUCUCUAAUGGCUACUUCUCACCUCUUCUCUCCCUCCAUGAAAACACCCACAAACAAAAAUCCAAUCAAAACCGUCUGAAAACCUCUCCCUUCGAAUAAAAAAGGCCAUUUAUCCAAAUACGCAAUAGCCCAAACUGCAGAUCUGAUCCAUAUUAUAUAAUCUUUCCAAAGAUCCAAGAGGGUUGUUUUGAUAUGCAUCAAAGCUUCUAUAUCAAUACAUAGAGAGAGAGAGAGAGACUUGGAUUCUCCGAUAUCUUCGCUGCUUAUGUUGUCCUCUUCUUUUUUUUUAAUCCUUUUUCUAUUCUCCUUUUCUCUCUCUCGGAUAUUGUUUUAGAACGUUUGGAGGUUCUUUUUGAAAACAAGGGAUAGAAGAAGAGUCAGUGUCUGCCUGUUUAUUACAUGUAAACAGGCCAUUAGAUUUUGCUCAGACGGACUCCAGAGAAUCUAAUCUAUGCAACCAAACACCCCACAAUAGAGAGAGAGAGAGAGAGAGAGAGAGAGAGAGAGAGAGAGAGAGAGAGAGCAAAAAGACAUGCAUGUGCGGUGAUAUAUCCAUUGAUAGAUAGUAGAAAGAGAGGAAUUUUAGGGCUUUGGAGAGUAAUAUGCCGGCAGGGAUGAUGAUUCCGGCGAGACACGUGCCGCCGAUGAUGGGGAGGGACGGGAAGGCAGGAGCAGGAUUCGGGUCAUCGGGUCUGACGCUUGGACAGGAUCUGUAGGUAUUAUAAUAUGUUCCAGCCAAACAUGUUAGACGGCCAACAUCAACAUCAUCAGCAACACCACCUCCUCCCUCUCGAUAUGACCCACACCCCGGAAAGUGAGAUGGUCAAGUUGAGAGACGAUGACUUCGAGAGCAAGUCCGGCAGCGACAACCUCGAAGGGAUCUCUGGUGAUGACCAAGAUCCAAACCAAAGGCCAAAAAAGAAGCGCUACCAUCGCCACACCCAGCAUCAAAUCCAAGAAAUGGAAGCAUUCUUCAAGGAAUGCCCGCAUCCAGAUGACAAGCAAAGGAAGGAGCUGAGCCGAGAGUUAGGGUUGGAACCUCUGCAAGUCAAGUUCUGGUUCCAAAACAAGCGAACCCAAAUGAAGACACAACAUGAGCGCCAUGAGAACACACAGCUGAGGGCUGAGAAUGAGAAGCUUCGGGCAGAGAACAUAAGAUACAAAGAAGCUCUUAGCAAUGCCUCUUGUCCCAACUGUGGCGGCCCAACUGCACUUGGUGAGAUGUCAUUCGACGAGCAUCACUUAAGGAUCGAGAAUGCUCGUCUGAGAGAGGAGAUUGAUCGGAUAUCUGGGAUUGCUGCAAAGUAUGUGGGGAAGCCGAUGGUAUCAUAUCCCCUUGCCCUUCCUCCAAUUCCUUCACGGUCCCCACUGGAUCUUGCAGUUGGAAACUUUGGGGUGCAGCCUGGCAUGGGAGGGGAGAUGUAUGGAGCAGGUGAUCUUCUUAGGUCGGUUUCUGGUCAGUCAGAAAUAGAGAAGCCAAUGGUGAUUGAGCUUGCAGUUGCAGCCAUGGAAGAGCUCAUUAGGAUCGCACAGCUCGGAGAACCCUUAUGGUUGCCAGGCCUUGAUGGUUCUAUGGAGAUUCUAAGCGAAGAAGAAUACGUCCGGACAUUUCCAAGGGGGAUCGGGCCAAAACCUUUUGGGUUGAAAUCAGAAGCUUCUCGGGAAUCUGCCGUUGUGAUCAUGAAUCAUAUAAACCUUGUCGAGAUCCUUAUGGAUGUGAAUCAAUGGGCGAAUGUGUUCUCAAGCAUUGUGUCAAGGGCUUUGACAGUAGAAGUUCUAUCAACAGGAGUUGCAGGCAACUACAACGGAGCCCUGCAAGUGAUGUCCGCCGAAUUCCAAGUGCCUUCACCACUGGUUCCAACUCGAGAGAGUUACUUCGUAAGGUACUGUAAACAGCAUUCAGAUGGAACUUGGGCAGUCGUCGACGUCUCUUUGGAUAGUUUACGCCCUAGCCCAGUGUUGAGAUGUCGAAGGAGGCCAUCCGGUUGUUUGAUCCAAGAAAUGCCAAAUGGGUACUCAAAGGUUAUAUGGGUUGAACAUGUCGAGUUUGAUGACAGAGCUGUUCACAGUAUAUACAGGCCGCUUGUUAAUUCUGGUCUUGCAUUUGGUGCUAAACGAUGGGUUGCCACUUUAGAUCGACAAUGCGAGCGCCUUGCAAGUGUUAUGGCCAGUAACAUUCCUGCUGGAGACGUUGGUGUGAUAACAAAUCAAGAUGGGAGAAAGAGCAUGUUGAAGCUAGCUGAGAGGAUGGUUAUAAGCUUCUGUGCUGGUGUUAGUGCUUCUACAGCUCAUACAUGGACUACUCUAUCAGGGAGCGGUGCUGAAGAUGUCAGGGUUAUGACCCGGAAGAGCAUAGAUGAUCCAGGAAGACCUCCUGGCAUUGUACUUAGUGCUGCUACUUCCUUCUGGCUUCCUGUCCCUCCUAAGAGAGUCUUCGAGUUCCUUAGAGAUGAGAAUUCCCGCAACGAGUGGGAUAUCCUUUCAAAUGGUGGUGUCGUUCAAGAGAUGGCCCACAUUGCCAACGGCCGAGAUCCGGGCAACUCCGUCUCUCUACUCCGUGUAAAUAGUGCGAAUUCGAACCAGAGCAAUAUGCUGAUACUACAAGAGAGUUGCACUGACUCCACGGGCUCUUUCGUGAUUUAUGCUCCCGUCGACAUUGUCGCGAUGAAUGUAGUUCUCAACGGUGGAGAUCCAGACUACGUGGCACUCCUACCGUCCGGUUUUGCUAUACUCCCAGAUGGGCCCAUGAUGCAUGGGGGAGGAAGUGGUGAGGUUGGGUCUGGUGGGUCGCUCCUGACCGUCGCAUUUCAGAUCUUGGUCGAUUCUGUUCCAACGGCGAAGCUCUCUCUUGGGUCGGUUGCAACGGUUAACAGUCUCAUUGCUUGCACCGUGGAAAGGAUUAAGGCUGCGGUCACAUGCGAUAACAAUGCAUGAAUCGGACGGGCGUUACAGAAAGUGAGAAGAAAGAAGCAAAACAAGGUGGAUUGGAUUUUGGGCGGAAAGUGGUAAGUCAAGAACGCACCUUGGAUGCUCCUUGCCACGUGGUGUUUUCGCUUUGUCCAGAAGCAGUGCAAAAUGCUCUUCACACCACCAUGCAAGGGUACUGGUUCGGGUAUUGACUUUCCCUAGCGUUGACUUUGAGUUUGACUUUAUGGCUUUGAAUUCUCCCCACCAUCAUUAUGCUUUUCUUUUUUUUUCGUUUUAGGGUUUUUUGACUUCUUAAAUCUGCUAGAGAUUGUGUUCUGUUUUUGUACCUUUUGCUUGUUUUCCCUUGUGUGGAGUUUUAAUGGGAAGCCUUUAGUGUAUGGAGAUCUUAGAAGACAAUGUCUUGUUUGUAUCCCAUUUCAAGAGCUUUGCAAUGAAUGUGUUUCUUCUGUGUUCUCCCUUUA